AUGGAUAGAGCGGCUCUCCGAGCAGCGGCAGCGAUGGGGGAGAAGAAGGAGAGAGGAGGGGGCGCGGCGGCUGCGGCAGAUGCGGGCGCAGCUGGAGCCGGGGCCGGGGCCGGGGCCGGGGCCGGGGCCGGGGCCGCGGCCGGCCGGGCUCUGCAGCAGUGCGGCCAGCUCCAGAAGCUCAUCGACAUCUCCAUCAGCAGCCUGCGGGGGCUGCGCACCAAGUGUGCGGUGUCCAACGACCUCACCCAGCAGGAGAUCAGGACCCUGGAGGCCAAACUGGUGCGGUACAUCAGCAAACAGCGCCAGUGCAAGCUGAGCGUGGCCCCCGCCGAGCGGACGGUGGAGCUCAACAGUUACCCGCGCUUCAGCGACUGGCUGUACACCCUGAACGUCAGGACCGAGGUGGUGCAGAAGAUCUCCGGGGAGCUCACGCUGGAUGCUCUGCUGGAGAUGAACGAGACGAAGGUGAAGGAGACCAUGAGGCACUGUGGCGCCAGCGCCGAUGAGGUCAGCCGCGUACAUUACGCCCUCUCCUGCUUCCGGAAGGUGACCGGCUUAGGUGGGGAACCAAAGGACGAGCCCGCGUGGAGCCCGCUGGAUGCCCGGCGCGAGAGUGGCUCGGGACCUCCCACGGAUACCCUUUCCCCAGCUGGCUUGACCUGGACUCCUGGGGCCUCCCAGCUCAGUAAAGGCAGCGGCAGCAGCCAGCAGGCCCGCUCCGUCUCGGUGUCCGCCCUGCCCACGUCGGAUGCUCUGUCCCAGGGCCAGGGCCUGUCCGCCUACGGCGAGGGCCUCUCGGACAGUUACAUCUCCCUGCAUCACAGCGGGAGGCUCACCCCUCGGACCCCACACAGCUUCAUCACCCCCCCGACCACACCGCAGCUGCGACGACAGAACAAACUCAAGCCCCCCCGGACGCCGCCCCCACCCAGCCGCAAAGUUUUCCAAUUACUUCCCAACUUCCCAACCCUUACCAGGAGCAAAUCCCAUGAGUCCCAGCUUGGAAACAGAAUCGACGAGGUGCCCUCCAUCAGGUUCGAUCUCCCCCGCGGAUCCCCACAGACGGUACGAAGAGACAUCGGCCUCUCGGUGACCCACAGGUUCUCAACGAAGUCCUGGCUGUCCCAAAUUUGUCACGUGUGCCAGAAAAGCAUGAUGUUUGGAGUGAAGUGUAAACACUGCAGGUUAAAGUGCCACAACAAAUGCACAAAAGAAGUCCCUCUUUGUAGAAUCUCAUUCCUACCACUAUCUAAACUACGGAGGACAGAAUCUGUGCCUUCAGACAUCAACAAUCCGGUGGACAGAUCGACAGAGCCUCAUUUUGGAACCCUCCCGAAAGCACUGACGAAGAAGGAACACCCUCCGGCCGUGAACCACCUUGACUCCAGCAGUAACCCAUCCUCCACCACCUCCUCCACGCCAUCCUCCCCAGCGCCCUUCCAGUCCUCCAACCCCCCCAGCGCAACGACACCCCCGAAUCCCUCCCCGAUGGCCCAGCGGGACAGCAGGUUUAAUUUUCCAGCUGCCCACUACAUCCAUCAUAGACAGCAGUUUAUCUUCCCAGACAUUUCCACCCCACCGCAAGCAUCCCAAGUCCUUGAUGCAGCUGAAGAGACGCGGGUCAAUGACCAACCGAAAGCCAACGUGGCCGAGGACCACGAAACAGAGGUGGAAGAACAAGAAGCAAGUAAGUCGGAGCUAGAGGACGACGAGGACGAGCUGGACGACCUCCCCAGCUCCCGGAAGCCGUGGAAAGGGAUGAUCUCUCGAAAAGCCAGCAAGACCAGCGUCUACCUGCAGGAGUGGGACAUUCCCUUUGAGCAGGUGGAGCUGGGCGAGCCCAUCGGGCAGGGGCGGUGGGGGAAGGUCCACCGGGGCCGGUGGCACGGGGAGGUGGCCAUCCGCCUACUGGAGAUCGACGGCAACAACCAGGACCAUCUCAAGCUGUUUAAGAAGGAGGUGAUGAAUUACAGGCAGACGCGGCAUGAGAACGUUGUGCUCUUCAUGGGGGCUUGUAUGAAUCCCCCGCACCUGGCCAUCAUCACCAGUUUCUGUAAAGGGCGGACGCUUCACUCCUUCGUGAGGGACCCCAAGACGAGUCUGGACAUCAACAAAACCAGGCAGAUCGCUCAGGAGAUCAUCAAGGGCAUGGGGUACCUGCACGCCAAGGGCAUCGUACACAAAGACCUGAAGUCCAAGAACAUCUUCUACGACAAUGGCAAGGUGGUCAUCACAGACUUCGGGCUAUUUGGGAUCUCUGGUGUGGUGCAGGAGGGCAGGCGGGAGAAUGAGCUGAAGCUGCCACAUGAUUGGCUGUGCUACCUGGCCCCCGAAAUUGUCCGGGAGAUGACCCCAGGGAAAGAUGAAGAUAAGCUGCCCUUCUCCAGAGCCGCUGAUGUGUAUGCCUUUGGGACGGUGUGGUAUGAACUCCAAGCAAGAGACUGGCCUUUCCAGACCCAAGCUGCUGAAGCCCUCAUCUGGCAGAUUGGAAGCGGGGAAGGCGUCAAGCACGUGCUGGCGGGGAUCAGCUUGGGGAAGGAAGUCACUGAGAUCCUGUCCGCUUGCUGGGCCUUCGACCUGCAGGAGAGACCCAGCUUUCCCCUCCUGAUGGAAAUGAUGGAAAAACUGCCCAAACUGAACCGGCGCCUCUCUCACCCAGGCCACUUCUGGAAAUCGGCUGACAUUAACAGUAGCAAAGUUGUAUCCCGCUUUGAAAGGUUUGGCAUGGCCAUCCCGGAGUCCAGUAAUCCAAAGAUUUAGCCUGGUGUGCAAUAUUUCUCACUGCUGUUGAUUUUUAUUUUAUUUUAUUUUUUGUUUUGUGGGUUUGCUGUUCUUUCCCCUUAUUCUCUGUAUCCCCCUCUAAAAAAAAAAAAAAAAGAACUCAACUCUGCAAAACAUCAGCCACCUUCUUAGAAUCAUCCCGGCACAGCCAGCCAGGAGCCCACCGAACUGCCACUGAAUCAGACUGUUUGCACACACGUACAUUUGUCUCCUGAAUGUAGAACUGCACAUAGUGUGUGUGUAUAGAUACACAAACACACAUACAGAUAUAUGUAUAUACACACAUAACGUGUAAUAUAGACACG